AUGUCUCUGUCCAACCAUCUACAAGUACCGGGAACCGGGACUAGCGGCGCCAAUGGGACGGCCACCCCCCACACUCCUCGAGGCCAACGAACCACCAAAUCAAUGACUCCAACCUUCCUGUUCGGCCUCAGUUUCCUGCCCUCGUUCCAUUUCCAGUCCCCCAUCAACUCGACCUCCCCCCACAAGUUCUUCCACUCCUGGAAACGCAAGCAGGAGGCGUUUCCCGCCCUCCUGACUCCCCCUAACUCCUCGCGAGUGGGCACUGGUGGCUCCACCCGCUUUUUGGACUCGUUGAAGAAGGACGACGACGACUUGUGGUCCUCGCUAGGCGACUCCAACUUGACGUCUCUCUCCUCCAUCUACGAAGAGGGCAAGGAAUUCUUGACCCCCAAGAGACUCCACAAGCCUGUUGACCACAGCUCCCAGGAGACAAAUCCCGACGAGGACUCCCAGCAAGGCAAGCAAGACCCCACCGACAGCAAACUGCAGGAACAGGAAGUCACUCCAGAAAACCACCCCGACUCCGUGGAGCCUGACACCAGUAGCGCCUCUGGGGCCCUUGAAUCAGCGCCAAACCUCAUUCCCAUCAAACCCAAAAUGGACCUCGACGCCAAGUCCAAGCUCGACUUGUCCAUAUCCAAGUCCAUAAAACGCCGGAAAUUGUCUUCAGCAUCGGUGUUGGACUCUCCUAACAACUCCAUUGCAUCACAAAUCGAUUCCACCAUCGAUUCCCCAGUUCCCAAAAGGAAACAGAAUAAACCAAUCCACCCACCGGUAUCCGCUUCAACUCCUGCGUCUGAUAUGGGUGAAAAGGUUUGGUAUCCAGAACUUGAUGAUAUUUUGAUCAAAUGUUUUUUGAAGUAUCGUAAUUUUAGAAACAACCAUGCUGGCUAUAGUAGUACUUCUAUUCUAAAAAAUACUUCUCAAAACAAGGUUCUUUCCAGAAUGUUGUUUAACAAAACAGGAAUAUUGAGAACUUCGAAACAGAUCUCUUCAAGAUUGUUUCGUUUGGCUAAGUCAAAGAAAUUGGACAAAACAACUAAAAGUCAAAAACAAUCAUCUACUCCCUCAAACAAUAAAUCUUCCAUUAACGAUAAUCUUGAUGAUAUUGAUGAACUAAUCAAAACUCCAUUCGAGCAUCUUAUUAACAGCUCAAGUUAUACUUCAACUACCGGUGCUGGUCCUCAUGGAUUGGAUUCAAUAAAGACCAACGAAAUAAUCGACCAUGAACUAGACCUUCUCUUGUCAUCGCCAAAAAAUAACAAUGGCAUGAAUCUAGCUUUCAAAUUGUCUCCCAAAGCUUUUAAUAUUGGUUACAAUAAGCCUUCUGAUCCUAAUCUGAACCACAUAUUUACGAAGAUGGCGUCUGUUUAUGAAUCAUCUUUAUCAGGAUCAAACUCAUUGAACAAACAAGAAUUAAUUUCCCCUUCCAUGAUAGAAAAGUUAAAGUCAGAGAAUAUUCCGGUGUGGCUUCUAAACCACAAUCUUCAUAUGAAUGUAUCAUCUAGUACACUUGCGUCAACAACGCCAAUUUCUCCAUUCAAUACAAAGAUAGACAGAAGUCUUGAUUACAUCAAUGGUCAUUUGGAAUCAUUCUUGAAAUUUGAUGCCAAAAUAUUAAAUAAAUCUGAAGAUCAAGAGCACCCUUCAAUGCUUGAUUGGAAAUGUUUGAUUAAAAUUUACGAUGAGACGAAUCAUAAUUCCCUCUUUGUGGAACAUGUGGACUUGGUCAAUGGUUACUAUUCUUUUGACAAUGAUUCUUAUGAAGUUCAAGUGCCCUUCAUGAAGCAGUUCUUUGCAGGAUACUUCAACUAUUUACUCAACGGGACUAGCUAUGCUGGCAAGAAGUUGUCAAUUGUCCAAAUUAUUUACGACAAUUAUUCCCAAGACUUCGAAGGAGGUAAUAAGUUUGACGAGCAAAAAUCCCAGAUAUUUGGGUACUUCAUCCAUGAUUUCGAUUUUGACAUUGGAAGUGGUCAAACUUCAGUCAAUGUUGUGAAUUUAGUGAAUAAUUCCGAGCAUGAAACUUUUGAAAAUGCUCAGAAUAGAGUUGAAGAUGACAAGGAAGACGAUAACGAAACAGUCCUUGCUGAUUCCUCCCCUUACAAAAUUUCUCCAAAUCAAACUAGAAUGUCUCAUGACUCACCUCUUAAGCCUAGUAGCCAGUUGAGAAUUGAUACUAAUAAGGCCAAUGCUAAUGAUUUCAAUGUGCUUCGGGGCCCAUUGACAGCACCAAUAUAUAAUGCUGACAUUGUCCAAAAGUUCAAUCAAAAUAUGUUAAAGCAACAAGAAAGUUUAAGAGGACAAUAUGAGCAGUCUCCUAACGAGGAAAAUAGAGCUAGCUUACAACCCCCUAUGAAUCAUUCACAUUCAACAGGUAACAUUCAUCAGUUCAGGACUUUAAACAUAUCCCCACCUUCUUCAUCACCAGCUACAGAUUCUCCUGUUAUCAGGGCCAAGUCUAUUCCCAAUCAGAACUAUCCUAACAUGGUCUCCUCUACACCAUUGCGUGAUAACAUUGUUCCAAACGGAUCCAUGAACUAUGGUCAACCCACACCAUUUAUUCCUCCAGCACAGCAACAGUUGAUGGUCAAUCUUGGCAAUGGGUUUAUACCUUUCAACUCUUUACACCCCAAGUUGCAAGAGCAAUAUAUGCUGGUUCAAAGACAAUUUGAGAUGCAGAAGCAAGAACAACAAAAGAUGUUCACUCAUCAAUUUGAUCCAAAUGCAAACAUCUUGCCACAAACGUUCAAUGACCAAGGUUUUAUGACAAACACCAUGAAUGCGCAGUUUAUGCCCAAUCAACAAUUUGCCCCUGCCAUUAUGCCAUUUGCUCCAGCACCAUCAAUUGAAGCCCAGGUUGCACCAACAGCUUCUUUCAAGGAUAACAAAGAGAACAUUAAACCCAAGGAAAUCAAAUUUGGACCCAUUUUGGAGUAUGAUCCUUCCAAAGACUCCAGAAAGAUUCCACAACCUAAAGUUUCCAAGCAAAAUGCUGGUAUUCACAGGUUUCCCAUUAAUACCCCAGUGAGCAUGUACAAUCCCAAGAAGAAAUAG